AAACUCCCAGUCCCCACCCUUGCAGUCUUACGUUACCUUCCAGCUAAUCGCACAACAUGGACAGCGUCAUUGCCACCCUCAAGGACCUCGUUCCCAUCAACCUCAACUUUGACUUCGACGCGCUCCUCGACCGCCUGAGGAGCAUCUCGCCCAGCCAGCUUGCUGCAGGCGUGCCCGUCUGCCUGCUGCUCUAUUUCCUCGUGCCCUGGCUCUGGGACCCGUAUCACCAGCGCUCGAUCCCCGGACCGUUCCUCGCCAAGUUCUCGAACGCGUGGCUCGGCUGGGUGUCUGCACACGGACACCGGUCCGAGAUCGUGCACGAGCUGCACAAGAAAUACGGCCCCGUCGUGCGCAUCGCCCCUAACCACGUCUCUGUCGCGGACCCGGAGGCGCUCCAGGUCGUGUAUGCCCACGGGAACGGGAGCCUCAAGUCUGACUUUUACGACGCGUUCGUCUCCAUCCACCGUGGCCUCUUUAAUACGCGCGACCGGCAGCAGCACGCGCGCAAGCGCAAGAUUGUGUCUGGCAUCUUCUCGCAGAAGAACGUGCUCGAGUUCGAGCCGCAUGUACGCCUGUACGUUGGGCAGCUCAUGGAGCAGUGGGAUAGGCUGUGUGCGCGUGCGGAGAAGGGAGAGAGCGGGGACGAGGGCGAGGGGGGCUGGCAGGGGCGGGGCGGGAAACUGUGGUUGGAUUGUUUGCCUUGGUACAACUACCUCGCGUUCGACAUCAUCGGCGAUCUCGCCUUCGGCUCCCCCUUCGGGAUGAUCCAUUCCGCCAAGGACUCUGCCCCAGUCGCCGUCUCGCACGCCGACGCCAUGUCCGCGUACGGCUCGUCCGCGUCUAAUAUCAAGGUCGUGCACAUCCCCGCCGUGCAGAUCCUGAACGACCGCGGCGAGUACUCGGCCGCGAUGGGCGUCCUCCCGCCUGCCAUCCGCCCGUUCAUGCAGCGCUUCGUGCCGUGGUACAGGAAGGGCGGCAAGGCAGUAAGGAACCUUGCGGGCAUCGCCGUCGCUGCGGUCGCGAAGCGGCUGAAUGAGCCGUCGGACAGGGUGGACCUGCUGAGGCGGCUGCAGGAGGCGAAGGACGACGAGGGGAAUCCGAUGGGGAGGGAGGAGCUCACGGCGGAGGCGCUCACGCAGCUCAUUGCUGGGUCCGACACUACUUCCAACUCCUCAUGCGCCAUCACGUACUACCUCGCGCUGCACCCCGAAAUCCAAACCAAGCUCCAGCGCGAGCUCGACGACGCCCUGGGCACAGACGACGACCCCGUCUCGACCUUCGACGCCGUAAAACGCCUCCCAUACCUCGACUCUGUCAUCAACGAAGCCCUCCGCCUGCACAGCACAUCCUCCAUCGGGCUCCCGCGCAUCGCGCCCGAGGGCGGCCUCGCGCUGCGCGGGCUGUGGUUCCCGCCCGGCGCGAUCCUGAGCGUGCCGAGCUACACGAUCCACCGCGACGCGGGUGUGUGGGGCGCGGACACGGAGGCGUUCCGCCCGGAGCGGUGGGCGGAGGAGGAGCGCCGCGAUGCGGUGCAGAGGGCGUUUAACCCGUUUUCGUUUGGGCCGCGGGCGUGUGUGGGCAGGAACUUGGCGUCGAUGGAGCUGUUGGUGAUUGUGUCGUCGAUUUUGAGGAGGUAUACGUUUGUGUUGGAGGAUGCGGCGAAGCCGUUCGACACGCGCGAGGGGUUCUUGCGCAAGCCUGUUGAAUGUCGCGUCGGGAUCAGGCGCCGCGUGUAGGCUGCGGCACCGUCUGGCGUUAGCGUGCGCAUGCAGCUCCCAUUAUGAUACCGCUCUCACUCUGAACACUUAUAGAAACUCUUUCGUAUCAUCGCUAUUUGCUCCAAUGUCCGCGCCGUCAGUAUGUUGAAGGUUAUCUUGAACGACAAGGACAGUUUGUACGAUAUCUCAUGUCACCAUAGUUGCCUCGGAUUUGUGGCUCGUAAACAUUGGAACUGUCGCUGUGGUUUCUCCGUAAACCCAGACCUGCCUUGAAAAAAUAGGCUGGUUCCCAGAACUCUCUGCGCGUUACAACGGUAUUCAUCAUAAUUCGUAAGUACAGAACUAGCACAAGCUGUGUCCGAGUCAAGUCCAU